CUGGAGCCCCCUGGCAGAUUAGUCCAGCCAUACUUACUUUAAGAGCCCAUGUUUUUAUGUCCAUUUGUGUUUUUUUCAGAGGAAGUGCACUUUCCUGUGCCAUGUUACCUUGUCCUACUUCUCCUUCAGCUUUAAAAAUAUCAGAGACAAACCUAAAAAGAGAAACAGAGGGAGACCACAAGCAAACAUACUCACUUUAGUGACAAAUUUCUCACCUCACAGUGAAAUGCCUAAUAGUCAAAAUGUCCAAUUAGACCACGUGAGUCGUGUGCGCGCGUGGGUGUAGGCUAUAUAUUUGCAUUGUUUCCCACUACUUGGAAAGAAACUCAGAGGGAUGAACUGAACCAAACACCUGGACAACUCUGUAAGAGUAGGUCGUGUUGACAGUCUUUUUGAAAAGGUAUACUGGGCUUUGAUCAGGGUCAUGGAGGAACUGGCCCGGGAGAGCAUCAGCCUGCUGGCCCGGUCUGCAUCUCACGCGGAUCCGCCGCGGCUCGGCUCGUUCGGCGCGGUGUUCAUCAUGCUGAAGUCUGCGCUGGGAGCCGGACUGCUCAACUUCCCCUGGGCUUUCCAGAAGGCGGGGGGAGUGACUACUGCCGUCAGUGUGGAGCUGGUUUCACUGGUCUUCCUCAUCAGCGGUUUAGUCAUCCUUGGCUAUGCCUCAUCAGUCAGCAGACAGAAGACGUAUCAGGAUGUAGUGAGAGAGGUUUGUGGAGGAGCUGUGGGUCAACUCUGUGAAGUCUGUUUCUGUUUCAACCUCUUCAUGAUAUGUGUCGCUUUCCUCGUGGUGGUGCAGGACCAGCUGGAGAAAUUGUGUAUUUCUUUAUAUGAGACAGUCACUGGGUCUGUCGAGGGAGAGAUGCCGUAUCACUGGUACACUGACCAACGAUUUGCCCUCUUCAUCAUGUGCCUCUUCAUCAUCCUACCCCUUUCCAUCCCAAAAGAAAUCGGCAUCCAGAAAUACACAAGUGUGCUGGGGACGCUGGCUGCUACGUAUCUGUGUGUGGCUGUGAUUGUCAAAUAUUACCUGAUGGAGAGCCACACUGUUAUAAUAACUCCAGAGCACAGCCAAGGUGUGAGUUCGUGGGCUUCAAUGUUCAGUGUGGUGCCGACCAUCUGCUUUGGCUUCCAGUGCCAUGAAGCCUGUAUCGCCAUCUACAGCAGCAUGGAGAACCAAAAGCUCUUGCACUGGGUGAUCAUUUCUGUACUCUCCAUGUUUUUCUGUUUACUCAUCUACACUCUAACCGGUGUGUUCGGCUUCAUGACGUUUGGACGAGCGGUUGCCUCUGAUAUUUUGAUGUCAUAUCCAGGAAAUGAUGUGGUCAUGAUCAUUUCCAGAUUACUUUUUGGAAUAUCGAUUAUCACCAUUUAUCCUAUUAUUCUUCUUCUGGGAAGAUCUGUCAUCCUGAACCUGCUGCUGCGUGUUCAAAGACGUCGUCGAGGAAUCGUCACUCAUUCGUUUGAGAGCCGCUGCAGAGUUGUUCUCACUGUGAUCUGGAUCACCAUCACUCUUCUCAUCGCCAUGUUUGUCCCGGACAUGGGUGAGGUCAUCAGUGUCAUUGGAGGAAUCAGCGCCUUCUUCAUCUUUAUUUUUCCUGGUCUUUGCUUAAUGUUCACAAUGCAAACUGAACCUGUGACUCCAAGAGUCAGGGUGAUUUUAUCAGUUUGGGGAGUCAUAACUGUUGUAGUUGGAGCCUUCAUCUUUGGACAGAGCACAACCAUCGCAGUCAUGGAGCUUUGCAACAAAUUCUGAUCUUCACACCAAUAUCACCACUACACUAUCUGUAGCCACUGCUUCACUGUGACUUCACAGCAUUUUUUUUUGCACAACUGAAAGUUGCAUUUGUAAAGGUGGUUUUAGUUGUAUAUAUGAUCCUUCAAAGGUCAUCCACGACCUGGAUACAAAAUAUAUAUUCACUAUGUGAGAAUGUAAUAUUUCUGUGUGUGUGAUACAUAAAUAUUGGACUUAAAUGGAUUGUUAAUGGACAAUUAUGUAAUAUUAAAGAGAAGACCUGCCUGUGUCUGGAUCUUUGAAUCCACUGUCUGACUUCAGGCAAAGACAGGAAUGUAUUGUUAGGCUUUUAAUUGUUAUGUAUGUAUAGGAUGUGUAUCCGUAGAGGUAUCCUUGAGCAAGAUACUGAA